UUUGCAACGAACUCCCACCAUCUAUGCUUCACGUCAAAAAUUAAAAGGCCAGUUCAGACUUUUGGGGGGAAAUCCAGGUGCUUUGCCCCCAUCUUCAUCUCCAUCUCUCAGAUAUCGCGUCACGACCCCGAACAUCCCUAACGAAGUCUAAUACAUCCUCAAGAAUCAAUGUCCUUACCAUCUACCUCUCUACUUAACGGAACCGGAACGGAAAAGAGCCAUGAAGGAUCCUUACGCAAAAAGCGAAAUUUUAAAGCCCUUCAAUUACCUACUGCAUCCAGACAAGCACCUCUAGGACCCCGACCCCGACCUCCCCAGGUCACUACGACUAUACCAACACCAGGAAGCAGUAGCACGAGCUCUGUUCCGGAUCUCAAGCUACCGCCACGGUUACCUGACGACAGUAUGUUGUCGCCAGAAUCCACCACGAACCAGCGGAAGACGUUACAGCUCGCUCUCGAGAAGAUGGAUUUGAACGGGAAAGCAAAGGAUAAGGAUAAGGAUACCGACGAAUCCAAUGGAAAUAAAAAGAAAAAGGUCUUAGACGCGUUACCGAAACCAGAAGAGCUGCGUAAUCUGGCAGAGUUGGGGAUGGGGAAUGGAGGGAGCGUGAUGAAGGUUGAGCAUGUUCCGAGUGGAAUCGUUAUGGCAAAAAAGAUCGUCCUUAUCGAUGCAAAACCGUCCGUACGAAAACAGAUUCUACGCGAGCUACAUAUUAUGCACACAUGCGACUCUCAAUACAUCGUCUCUUCAUACGGAGCCUUCUUAGCCGACCCUAAUAUCUGUAUCUGCAUGGAGUUCAUGGAUAAAGGGAGUUUUGAUACGAUAUAUAAGAGGAUCGGUGCUAUAGAUAUCGACGUGGUGGGUAAAGUGGCAGAUAGCGUGCUGAAAGGGCUGCUGUAUCUAUAUGAUGUGCAUCGGAUUGUUCACAGAGACAUUAAACCCUCCAACAUUCUCCUCAAUUCCUCAGGCGAAGUCAAGCUAUGUGAUUUUGGCGUUUCAGGAGAACUCAUCAAUUCACUCGCGAAUACAUUUGUUGGUACAUCGAUCUAUAUGAGCCCCGAACGAAUUCAAGGUGCAGAGUACUCUAUCCGAUCUGAUGUUUGGUCAUUGGGUAUCACCAUCGUCGAACUCGCCCACGGAAGAUUCCCAUUCUCCGAAUGUUCCGACGACUUCCUCAAUUCCGCUAUCACUCCCGGUGUUGGUUUCGACGGAAGACCACCCUCGACUCUUAUCUCCUCUCCACAACAGCACAGGAGCAUCAGUAUACCCGAAGAGAAAGAACUACCUCCGCUCCCUCCACUUGAAAUACCCAGACGUGACUCUCUCGCACCUGGUAUUGGGAACGGGAACGGGAACGGGAACGUAAAUAGCCAUGGGAAUGCCGCUACGACAAGACGAUCUCGAGGCGUUUCGUUACAUGGAGGAGCUAUGACGAUGAGCAUUCUCGAGUUGAUGCAUUUGAUCGUCCGAGAGCCUGCGCCUACACUCGUAAAUCUGGAUUCGGAUUCGAAGAAGUUCCCGAAGGAAGCGAAGGAUUUUGUUGAUUGCUGUUUAGAAAAGGAUGUAGAGAAACGGAAGACUCCGAGGGAGCUUGUGGGAUAUCCGUGGUUUGGGAUGAUGAAUGUGGCGAAGGUGGAUAUGAAGGUGUGGGCUGAGAGUGUGUGAUGGAUCGGUCGGUCUGGCGGUUUCAGCUGUUCUUUUCUUGUUUAACGAUUACCUUAUGAAAUUUACCACUGUAGAAUAGUCUCUUCUUCUCCGCAGCCAUAUACUACUUACGGACUAGUCGCCUUGAGAUAGAAUAUACCAAGGGGAAGUCAAUUCGACCAUGGCAUCUCAAUUCUCAGACAAAA